CAUCAUUCAAACUUCACAGCUUCAGAAUCAGCUUAAUUAAUUAGUUUAUUCACGAGGAAUAUUCGUCCAUUUGGAAAUUGCCUGAUAGGAUUGACCAGAAGCUUCAAUGUGUAUGAAGUUAGUCAUGAAACACUGCUCUUCCCAACUGCUUCUGCCGGUCCUUGUCAUACUCUUCCUUUUGCCUUUGGUGUGUGCUGACUUGAAUUCUGACAGAAAGGCCCUGCUUAAAUUUGCUACUGCCGUAACUCAUAGUCCAAAGCUCAAAUGGGGCAAUGCGACUGGAAAUGCGACUAGCAUCUGCACUUCCUGGCAAGGCAUUACCUGUACCUCCGACGGCACUCGUGUGUUUAUGGUUCGGCUUCCCGCGGUGGGACUUACAGGAUCCAUACCAUCCAACACUCUUGGAUUGCUUGAUGCGAUGAGAGUUCUAAGCCUCAGAUCAAAUCAUUUAAAUGGAAGUAUACCAUCUGAUAUCCUUUCUCUUCCUUCACUCCGCUCUCUUUUCCUUCAACAUAACAACUUCAACAGAGACCUUCCUGCCGUCUUUCCUCCCCGGCUGCAGAUACUAGACCUAUCAUUCAAUUCGUUCAGUGGCAAUAUUGCACCAAGUAUCAAGAAUAUGACACGUCUGGUUGGAUUAUACCUUCAAAACAACGCCCUAUCUGGUCCAAUUCCUGAUGUAAAUUUCACAACUUUAAAACAUGUGAACUUGAGCUACAAUUAUCUCAAGGGUCCCAUUCCAUCUUACUUCCAGACUUUCCCAAACUCUUCGUUCACGGGGAACCCUUUCUUGUGUGGAUUACCUCUCAAGUCUUGUGAACUCCAUCCUACCAAAAAGAAACUUCCACUGUGGGCUAUUAUAGCCAUUGCAAUUCUAGGAACUGUUGUGGUGCUAGUACUAGUUGUAAUCUUUGUAUACAAUUGUCUUAGGAAAGUGGAUCCAAGUAGAGUCCAGAAAAGGAAGCCUUCGAUUGCUAAGCAGGGUGAGGAAGCCAGGGAAGCAGUUGGUAGUGGGCCAAUGGAUAAUGAUAAGAAAAAGCUGGUUUUCUUUGAAAGUUCUUAUAAGUUUGAUCUUGACGACUUGUUGCGAGCUUCUGCUGAGGUGCUUGGCAAGGGUAGUUUUGGAAUAGCAUAUAAGGCGGUUUUAGAGGAUUCAACGACAGUGGUUGUGAAAAGGCUGAAAGAUGUAGCAGCAAGUCAGAAAGAGUUUGAACAGCAAAUGGAGCUUAUAAAGAGGAUUGGACACCACCAAAAUGUCGCACCCCUUCAUGCUUUCUAUUACUCAACGGAUGAGAAGCUUCUUGUGUAUGAUUAUUAUCCCGCUGGUAGCUUAAUGAACCUCUUGCAUGGAAACAGUGGUGCGGGUAGAAUUCCAUUUGAUUGGGAUACCAGAAUCAAAAUGGCCCAGGGAAUUGCAAGAGGCAUUGCCCAUAUUCAUUUCAAGGGAGGCUCUAGGUUCACACACGGAAACAUCAAAUCGUCAAAUGUACUUAUCGACCAAGAUAUGGAGGCCUGUAUCAUCGAUACCGGCUUGCUCCCUGUCAUGCACACUCCCCCAACUCCAUCUUUCUUAUCUGCUGGAUACCGAGCACCAGAAGUCCUUGAAUCUGGAAAGCACACUCAUAAAACCGAUGUCUACAGCUUCGGUAUCCUCCUACUCGAGAUGUUGACUGGAAAACAACCAAUUCAAUCUCCAUCAAGAGGUGACAUGGUGGACCUUCCAAGGUGGGUCCAAUCAGUGGUAAGAGAAGACUGGACAGCUGAGGUUUUUGACAUGGAGCUCAUGAGAUUUCAUAAUGUUGAAGAUGAGAUGGUGCAAGUGUUGCAGAUUGGUUUGGCUUGUACUGUGCCAGAUCCAGAUAGUAGACCAACCAUGUAUGAAGUUGUUACGAAGCUUAACCAGAUCCAGGUAUAUGAUUUGGAAACCGUAUCGCCUACUUACUAGAACAGUCAUAACAAAGGACUCAGAUGUGCAAAUCUCUCCAUUUCAUCAUUACAGUUAGCUUAGUUGUAGAAAACUGAAAAAAGUAUAUUUCAUUGCUCUAAACAAUGCCUGAACUUUAAUUGUAACAAAUUACUUGCAAAUACUACUCCUGCAUAUGAUCAGGUGAGAAUUUAGUUAAUCUUUUAACCUGUAAAGCCUAAAUAUAAAUUGCUCCUGA